UUAAGUUAUUAUAUUUUCAUCUUUUUAUAAAAUUUACAAUUAGAGAAUGAAGUUUCUUCUUGUUCAAUGUAUAAUAUUUUAUCAUCAAUACAACUUUAUAAAUGGUAGCCCAAUAAUCGGAGAAAAUGUUCGAGGAGUUACAGAACGUGAAUUUCCUUUCGUUGUACCUAUUGUUAUACAAUAUGAACGCUCAUCUAUGCCAAACAAAAAUCGCUUCUGCAUUGGAACAGUCAUAUCAAAUCAAAAGAUUUUAACCGCUGAACAUUGUCUACUAAAUAUUGAAAUCCACAGAAUCCGCAUAUAUGUUGGAUCACAUAAUAUAAAAAUAGGGAUUAAAUACAAUGUUUACUGGCAAUUAACAUUCACAAAUUGGGCUACGUACGAGAAUUAUCCUAUUUCCUUUAACUUUAAUGAUAUUGCUAUUAUAAAGCUGUCGACAACACUGCCAAAUAACAUUACACCAGUCGCUCUGUCUACAUUGUCAAAUAGCCAAUUAUAUGGAUUGGAUGUUUCACUAGCUGGAUGGAGUCGAAACAAUUAUGAAAGAAUUCCUACUACUAUGGAAACAUCCUUUGUAACAGUAUUAACAUAUCGAGAAUGUAAGGAAAGGGUCCAAAGGCUUCAAGAAUCUGGGAUUACGAUUCAUGAAGGCAUGUUGUGUACUGCUACUCAGCCAUUCACAUAUUUAACAUCUUUAAAUAAUUAUGUAUCAGCUAAUGUUAAGGCAGCUAAAGUUUCACAGAAGCCAAUAACCAGUUUUUAUGGAUUGGAUGUUUCAAUAGCAGGAUGGGGUAUAAGACUUAAUGGCAUUGUUCCAUCUAUUUUAGAAACAGUGACUUUAAACAUUUUAAAUAAUAACGAAUGCAAAGAUCGGAUAAUGAAACUUCAUAGACGAGAAAUUAAUAUUGGUGUCAACAUUUUUUGUACCUCUGCCGAACCGUAUGCUUUGAUGAGUCAUGGCGACAGUGGUGAUCCAAUUAUGUAUAAUAAUGAAAUAAUCGGUGUUAGCAGUGGAUGUUUCAAUGAGCUAAGUUUUCAUCCAGAUAAAGUCAAUGUACAUGUUCACGUUGCAUAUUAUAGAAAAUUUAUUCUAGAUAUUAUAAAAAAUUUUUAAAUUUUACUAUUAAA